GGGCGCAAGUGCAGGAACGCUCGCUAAGUGGCCCCAUCUUCUCGCAUCACCUCGCUCCUCGUGCGGAGAUAUACCACGUGUGGGUCAUAGACAACACUCAUUCACAGUCAAUCUUUGCGUAUACUCAACAUGACGGCAAAGGUUGAUAGCAGUCCUAGAGGUGGCUUCCGUGGAGGCAGAGGAGGGCUUCCGUGGGGCAGGGUGGCUUCCGUGGGGGCAGGGGUGGCUUCGCAGAAGGCAAAGGAGGCUUCAGAGGAGGCAGGGGAGGCUUCAGAGGAGGCAGGGGUGGCUUCAGAGGAGGCAGGGGUGGUUUCAGUGAAGGCAGGGGUGGCUUCAGAGGGGGCAGGGGUGGUUUCAGAGGAGGCAGAGGGGGUUUCAGAGGGGGCAGGGGUGGUAUGGAUCACAGACCUAAGCCAGAAUGUGAUCCUUGUGGUCUGUACAUAAGAGCACCAGCAUUUAACAAAGAAACCACAGAAAAGUUACUAGAUAUGGGAAAGAAAUCAGAGUACACAUUUUGCAGAGGUUUAUAUAUUUACUGCCAACACAGAAGAAGCUGCUAACCAAACUAAAGAAGCUUUAAAUAAAAUGAAGUUCAAAAGUGGAAAUACCUGUAAGGUAGAUUAUUGUUUUUCAAGGAAUGAACCAAAACUUGAGGCACCAGAGAUAGACCCUAAAAGCCUGUUCGUUAGAAAGCAAAUGGGCGAAUUUGAUGCUAAGGAGGCCAAACAGCUUAUGGAGAUCGGAAAGAAUGCAAAUGAAAUUUCAUUCCACAGGGUCUUCACAGUGUCAUUUGGGUCAGAAAAAGCAGCCAAUGAUGUCAAGGAGAAGUUGUCUGAAAUGAAAUGCAGCGACGGAACAUCACUAAAAGUACAAUACAAAUUCAAAACCAAAAGAAGUUUAGAUGAUGAUGCAGAAGCAACAAAGGAAGAUGCCUCCCCAAAGAAAAAAGCAAAGAAGGAAAUAGCACCAGUAGAAGAGGAUGAGGAUGAGGAUGAUGAUGAUGAUGAAGAGGGAGAAGAGGAGGCAGAUGAGGAAGGUGAUGAUGCUGAAGGUGAAGAGGAAGAGGAUGAUGACGAUGAUGAUGAUGAAGAGGGAUGACGACGAUGAUGAUGAUGAUGAAUAGAAUAUAUAGGCUUUGUGAUUUAAUGGUGUGCUAGGAAUGUGUUGAAUUAUUCUAGGAAGAAUAUAAAAUAAAUUUAGAUCACAUUGUGGAAUGUGUGAAUGGGUAUCAUUUGUUUCAUUAAUUAUACCUGUACUGAAUGUUAGUGUAUCAUACCUUAACUGGAAUGAGAGGAAGGUAUGUGAAAUUAAGUAUGCUUAUCUUUAUAUCAAGACGUAUUGAAUGUAAUAAGAAAUUUUAUUUGUAAAUGUAAUGGUACUGUACUGUACAUUGUUAAGUCUUGACUGAAUAUAUUUUUUUUUUUGGUUUA